AUAAAGCAAACACAUGCAGAGAUUAAAUACUAGUAGCAGACAAAGAAAGUUACCAAUACAUUUUGUGGAAGCAGGGAGUGCAGGAAACAUAGAUAUAUGAGUGUUCAGGUUAUUUAAAAAAAUGUUAUUUAAGGAACCAAGACAGCUGCUAAAAACACCAACUACGUUUAAGCAAGGAAAAGGAAAAAGGGCAGAGGCUUCAGGUAACUAACUUAUUAAAACUCAGGUAAAGGUCAGUUUCCACAUCUGCUCAUUGGAGCGUUCACCCAAGUUCCCAUCCAAAGGAAUAAGUGACUGAGCUAAAGAUGUCACGCAGGAAGCAGAGAAAACCUCAGCAGCUCAUCUCUGACUGUGACAACUCAACAUCUUCCGAAAAUGGAGACACGGCAGGAGAAGAUGCUCAAGUUUGCCUGAAGUGCUGUGCGCAGUUUGAUGAGCCGUCUGAUUUUGCCAGGCAUAAGGAAUCUUGCUCCAUGGACAACCAUGUUGUGGUCAUAGUAGAGAACCAAGAAGAAUCAGGGAAAGGCUUUCAUACAAUUAUUAGUGAAGGAUCUGUUUCACGACCUGUGACUCCAAAUACUAUGACAACUGGAAAUAAAACAGACACUAUUCAACAAGCUGAGAGAGAUACAGGAAUUAUGGGUGCCAUGAGACAAGAUAUAGGUAAAAAGGGGGUAGGCCCAUCACAACGUUUCCUUAUUCCCAGUGGAGGCUUAAUUGUGGAAGGUGUGACAGGGCCAAAGGUUGGGAUGGCUCCAGUGAGUCAGGAAGCUUUUCCUUCUGGUCAAACAACUGCAGCCCCAAUAAAUAUCCCAAUGAUACUGGAAGAAUUGAGAGUUCUGCAGCAACGGCAGAUUCAUCAAAUGCAAAUAACUGAGCAGAUCUGUCAACAGGUGCUUAUGCUUGGCUCUCUCUCCAUGCCACCAUUGGCACAUACAACAUCUUCAUCUGAUGGAUCUCCUGGGGCCAAGUCUCUUCCGAUCUUCAGUCCGUCAACACAAUCUCAGCCUGUGCCAGAAACAGCAAAGACUUAUCCUGGAGAAGACACCACCAAGCAGCCUUUUCUUCAUAUUUACAACACAGUAGGACAGCCAUUUAGUGGCAGAAAUAUUCCAAAUGUGAAAGACAAGUUGUUUGGAGGAUUCUGUGACAAGCUUUCUCCAGUAAGUGCAUCUCUUCCAAGCUCACCAACCAGUCAACUGAUAUCCCCACAUUCAGUUUUUCCUCCAGGUUUACCUACUUUGCCAGGAGCAUUAUUUUUAGGUGCAAGAGUAUUGGAGACUGCCCCAAGCCUACUUAAACAAAAAAACAGUGAGCCAUUACGUGGUGAAAGCCAACAGGACAGGUCAUCAGGAAGACAUAAAUGCCGUUUCUGUGCAAAGGUUUUUGGAAGUGACAGUGCCCUUCAAAUUCACCUACGUUCUCAUACUGGUGAAAGACCAUACAAAUGCAACAUCUGUGGAAAUCGUUUUACCACAAGAGGCAAUCUAAAAGUACACUUCCAUCGACAUCGAGAUAAGUAUCCUCAUAUUCAAAUGAAUCCAAAUCCUGUUCCUGAGCAUCUAGACUAUGUUCUGUCAAACACAGGCCUUCCCUAUGGUAUGUCAGUACCUCCAGAGAAAGCAGAAGAAGAGACGCUAGACAAAAAGCCUCUUUUGCCACCAGUGAUGACCACAGAAAGUCUAAAUCUUUUUUCUGGUUCAAGUAGUCAGGGACUUCCAUCACUUAGCAAGUUGGUACUCAUGAAAGCUGGAGAUGGAACUCCAACACUAAAGAGUCCGAUUGGUUUUCCUAAGACAAAGGCUGAUGAAAAUACUCCUCCAGGAGAAAGGUCAGAAAUGGUAGGAUCCGGUGUCAGUGGAAGAAUGCAGCUCAGCAAGUUAGUUACAUCACUUCCAAGUUGGGCACUAUUAGCAAGCCACUUUAAAACAGGGGCAUUUCCUUUUUCGUACACAGUUGAACCACUGGGAUAUUCAGAAACCUCAAAGCUACAACAACUUGUAGAAAAAAUUGACAAGCAAGCAACUGUCCCUAACCAAUGUGUUAUCUGUUUAAGGGUGUUAAGCUGUCCCCGGGCUCUCAGGCUUCAUUAUAACCAACAUGGUGGAGAAAGACCAUUCAAGUGCAAAAUAUGUGGGAGGGCAUUUUCUACAAAGGGCAACUUAAAGGCCCACUUUGUGGGUCACAAGUCUAGUUUAUCAUCAAAGCCUCAGAAUUCAUGUCCAAUAUGUCAGAAGAAGUUUACAAAUGCUGUUACUCUCCAGCAGCACAUAAAAAUGCAUUUAGGAGGGCAAAUCCCAAAUGGUGAACUUAUGGACAUAGGUGGAAGCAAAAGUGAAUGCAUAGAGGAUAAGAGUAUCCCAGAUUUUUCAGAUGAAAUUAGUACAGAUGAAGAAUCUUUGGUUGGUAGUGAAUCAGAAAAUGAUAAAACAGCACUAGUUGAUUCAGAAAUCUCCAGUUUAGAAGGUGAUGCGGCCAAUGCUAUUGUCAAGAAAAAUGAAGAAAAUAGCAUAACUUCUUCUGUUGCCCCUCAGCUCACACCAUAUGCAGCCAAAGAGUCAAGUACAUCACCAGAACUUACUGUUGACAAUAAGCCAGUCUCAGAAACUAUUCCAAAUUAUAUAACUGAUGAACAACCAAUGAAAGAUAUUGAAUGCGCAAUAGAACCUGAAUCAAGUAUAAGUCCCCAAAACACAAAUGUGAAAACCACUGGGGAUGAAAGUAGCACAGAAAAGGAAAAUGAUCCUGAACUAAAUCUAUGUAAUAAAACUGUGGGAAGUCCACAUCAGAAGGAAACUCACAUAUGCACACUUUGUUCAGACAGACUUCCUAGUAGUGAAUCACUGGAAGAGCAUACCAAGUACCACACCAAAGAUGGGCUGUUCCACUGCCUAGUUUGCAAGCAAAGCUUUUUGGAGGCAUCCAUUCUGAAGAAGCAUGUUCUGCAUGCACACCAGGUGAGCCAUUUCUUCCCUCCUCAGCUGACCAGCAGCCCAAAAUGCCCAAAUGGAGACUUGCCACCUCCAGCCCAAACCUUUCUGGUGAACUCAGUGAAGAGUGAAGUGGUAAGCCCACCCCAGACAUUGGCACUAGUCCAGUUUCCUCGGCUGGCGGUACCCUCAUCCCUUUCCCCUCCUUUGAGACGCAGCCCUAAGCAGCAUCUGUGCGUAGUAUGUAAGAAGACGUUCUCCUCGGCCAGUGCCUUGCAGAUUCAUGAAAGGAUACAUACAGGAGAGAAGCCUUUUUCCUGCAAUAUGUGUGGAAGGGCGUUCACCACACGGGGGAACCUGAAGGUCCACAUGAGCACACAUGUAUGGAGCACUAACAACUCUAGAAGAGGAAGGCGUCUCUCUCUGGAUAACCUUGGUCCGCUAUUUUCAGGAAGCCCUGUGAAAUUGCAUGACUUUCUGUCCAAAGAUAUCCCCACCCAGUUGGUUGGAGUCAACCCAUUAUCUUUUUGGAAUCAAUAUACAGCCUAUCUUACAAGUGGCCCUCUCCCAACAAGUGGAAGCGUUACCUCUGCGGCAGCUGUAAUUUCACCACCUGCUUUGCUUGGCUUGCAAACAGCUAAAGUUGGAAGCAUUCCUGUGGGAGAGCUAGCAGAAGUCAAAGAGAGAAAAACUGCAAACACUGAAGCUCCAUGUGACAGUUUGACAAAAGAAGAGAAGUAGAUAUACUGGAAUUAGUCCCAAAAACAUGCUGAGACAAUGCGCAAAUAGUGAGCAGUGGGUAUGAUCCCUGGAGACAGCCAACUGAGACAAUGUUGGGUAGCUUUAGGUGUCCCUUUUUUACAACCACAUCCUCCUCAACAAAAAGAAGACUCACCACAGCAUACUUACAUGUUAAAUUGUUAUCUGAGAUAGCAGUUUGUACAGAAUGUAUAUGACAAUGACAAGUAAAUGUAUUGAUGCAUCCCAUAAAUAUCUGAUUUGAUAAAAUGAGGAUAAUCAGAGGCAAAAACAAGUUUGCUCUGAAAUCCAUCAAUUUUUACUUACACAUCGAUUCUUUUUUUACAUAUGGCCUCAACUUCAGAUGAUGUGUUGUGGGCUGACAGAUGGUAAACAUAUGAAGUCUCUGAUAACAACUAUUAAAAUAAGGAUUAGAAAUUUGACUGUAUAUAAAAUUCUGAAAUCUACUUUAAAUCAACCACAAUGAGAUAUGUAAAAGUCUUUACAGACACUGACAAUACUAGAAGAAUGUAAAACUCACUAUCAAUUAAAACCUACUUACUGCAGAAUAAGUGUUAAUCUGGGUUUGGAGUGCAAUAGCACGCCCAAGUCCUUUGUGAUAAUUCUCAAGAUCGCAAACUUUGGCUCUCCAGCUGCUGUGAUUAAAUGUCUCCAAUGUUUCUGAGCCAGUCUAUUCAAAUCUAAAGAUAUUCUAUUAUAGAAACAUUCACAAUCGACAUUCACAAUCGAGAACGUCCUAACAAUCAAUCCUGUGCAUGAUCGAAAUCCAGAUUUCCAAUAAUAUCAUGGAGCAUAGAAAAUCUACAGCUGUCAAUCACUUCCACAAAGGAUCAGGCUGUUUUUUUAGUCUUCUAAAAUGAUGUUCAUUUAACCCAUUAAGGGCCAGGUCAAAUGUUACACUGACUGUGUUGUAAUUACAGUCUGGUCCCUAAAGACGUUAUGCCAGAAUGAAAUGUCCUUAUUUAUUCUCGACAGCUCCACACAUCCUUUGGUCAUCAAAUGAGUGCCUCAUUUUCGGUUAAGAUCCUUAAAGAACUGUUAUGACAGCAUAGACAGUUAUUGGUUCUUCAAGAAGUUAAUCCACCCAAGUUACUGGUUAAGAUCGUGUGUUAUAGGCAUCAAAAUGGCUUUUUGUUAGUGAAGUAGUAGAGAUGAAGCCAUUACUUAAACAUUCAUUCUCAUUAGUCCCAUGCAUGCUUUGACCCAUACUAUGAUCAAUCACUCAUAUUAACAAACACUAGUGUUACUCUGGGCCUUGUAAUUCUGUGUUAACUCUGUGUUCAUGCUUUCAAGCCUCAGAUUGAAAUAGUAAGACAUGUUUCAUCUGCUUUACCCUCGUGUAUUCUUCUUGUAGGCUGUGAAAUAUCUUCCUAACAUGGAUGAUGUAUAUGGGAUAUUGUUGGGUGUGCUAGGAUAGCACAAACCUUUUGGAGACACUAGCCAGGUGUUCAGAUAGUUUACAUCAAAUGUUUCAUGCUUAAUAAAU